AUGGUCGGGGUUAAUCGAGAGAUUCUGGGCGGCGAAAUGCAUGUGGUGAGUCAACGAGGGUCGGCUCGGAGGGACCUGCCGAGCCUUACUGUCCGAGGCUCAUCUCCAGGUCCGGCGGAUGGAGAAGAAGCUGGUUCGGCUUCGGAGCUAGCCUCGGUACCAGGUUCGGCAGUUUUCGGUCCAGCGGGGCUCUCCACCUUGACGGCAUGCUUGGAGGUGCUGAGGCUCGCUGCCGGAGCUGACCCGGAGGCUCGGCGUCUGGAGGAUUCUGGCUUGGAAGCUGAGAUACAGGCGUGGGUGGGAAGCAGAGGGGCUGGGGACGACGAGGGGAAAGCAGCAGGAGAAGCAGAGGGAGAGGAGCUAGCAGGAAGAGCUAAGUUUGCAACAGAAGAAGAAACAGAAACAGGGGCAGGGACACGUGUGGCCUAUGAAUGCAGAGCACUGAUUCGGCGAGGUUUGGGGCACCUUGCCGAGCUUGCAGCUGCCCGGGAUAGCAGCAGAGUUGACGGUUCAGCUGCCCGAGAAAUAGACGCGGCGGAGGAGGGUUCGCCUGCCCGAAAACAGCGGUCGGAUGAUGUACAGAGUGAAGCAGUGUGUAGCGAUGCCUGGGAGAGAAGACUCCGUGCCCGUCUGUCUGGGGAUGAGGAGAGUCAGAAGCGCCGCUCCCAACGCCCCUCUCAACGCCCGUCUCAGCGCCGCUUGUCCCGCUUUCAUGCGCCUCUAGAUGACCUCAAGGGCCAAGCGGGACACACAGGCACUCGACGCCUCUUGUCCGGCGAUGAGGAGACUCAGAAGCGCCGUUCUCACCGCCCCUCUCAACGCCGCCUAUCCCGCUUUCAUGCGCCUCCAGAUGACCCCAAGGGUCAAGCGGGACGGACUCGAUACCUCUUCCCCAAGGUGUUCACCAACCCGCGCUUCCUGGUCCUAGCAUUCGCCAUGGAGCAAACCAGCAACGCCAGAGCCCACCUGCUAGAGGCAGCUCGACUGGCGAGGCUGACGGGGCGAGUGCUGGUGCUGCCACACGUGGGCAGCGGCCGCCUCUCAGUGGGGCGACAGCACCCCCUCUGCUCCUACUGGGACCUCUCCCGCCUCACCCACUCCUCCUCCUCCCCUCAUUCCUCCUCCUCCGCUCAAUCCACUCACCCCCCCUUCAACUCCUCCUCGCUCCCCCCAUCGCCCCUCCCAUGGCCCCUCCCAUCGCACCUCCCAGUUGAGUGGGUCUCGCCUGACCUCUUCCUCCUCCUCGCCCGCUCCUCCCUCCCCGCUGCACCAUCUGUCGGCUUCGUGUGUGUUGAAACACCCUCCCUCAACCGGCCCUGCUUCGAUUUCGGGGAGGUGGCAUCUGGGCUGGGUGCCAUCCUCACCUACUCCCUCGGUCAGCUUCCCACUCGUGCCAACACUCAGGUCAUUACAGUCCGCAAAGCCUCCCGAUUCCUCACAGCCUUCCAAAAGUGGCAGCACACAGACGUGGUGGUGUGGGUGAAAACGACCUACAAGAGGAUGGCUAUCCGCCCGCCCACGUCCCUCCUCGUGCCCGUCCUGCUGCCCUACCACCCGCGCUGGCACACGCUCGCCCGCUCCAUCGCCUCUGCCCUCCCCCACCCGUUCAUCGCGCUUCACUUGCGAUCCGAGUACAUCGCAUGGCUUGUGUGCUCUCUCUCUCACCCGUUCAUCGCGCUUCACUUCCGCUCCAAGUACAUGGCAUGGCUCGAGUGCUCUCUCUCUCACCCGUUCAUCGCGCUUCACUUCCGCUCCGAGUACAUGGCAUGGCUCGAGUGCUCUCUCUCUCACCCGUUCAUCGCGCUUCACUUCCGCUCCGAGUACAUGGCAUGGCUCGAGACACAGGGAGGGAAGCUGCAGCAGGAGCAGAAGAUAGGCAAGCAGAUGCACUGGUGCGCGGCAGAGGAAAGUUGUUGA